CUACGUAAAGCGGCGGUGAGUGAGCGGCCCGGCUUCUGGGUGCAGUGGUGAUGGAUGCGGAUACAGAUCGAGCGGCUGCCGCUGCUGCUCCGGCUGCCGAGACGCCAGUACUCUCCGCAGUGUCCCCCGUGCAGUCCCCAGCCCCGGGCAAUCAGCGCCUCCUGUUCGUCGAUGACUUGGUGUCUGGCACAUACAAGGGGGCCUUGCGGCAUGGCAUCGUCGGCCUGAUUCACGGCGAGGUGAGCAGUGGCGAGAGCUCGGACACGGACGAGGAGGGAACUGGCCGCGAGCGGCCUCUCAAGAAGGGCUACGUGCGGGUGCAGUGGUACCCGGAGGGAGGCAAGCAGGACGUGAAGGAAGUCAAGCUAAAACUGGAAGACCGGUCACUAAUGCCUCGUGAUCUGGUGCGUCGAAUGGGGCCAAAUACUGAUAAUCAGUGUGGAACAGUGAUUGAUGUGAAUAUGGAGUGCACCUUGAAGAUUCUGGGUACAAAUUACAUUCUUCACCCUGUCAACAGCAGAGACUUGCAGCAUAUUUGGCCAUUUGUCUAUGGAGACUAUAUUGCCUUUGAUUGUUGGCUAGGGAAGGUUGACAACAUGGUUGCCCAGCUGAUCCUGAAGCUAUCAAAUGGAGCCAGGUGCUCAAUGACUACCAGUGAUGGGAGUAAGCUGGUUGAUCUCUGUCCCCAUGUCAGUGACUCGGGGCAAUUCUUUGAUGAAUCCUAUGGGUUUUAUCCAGGACAGAUGUUGUUUGGAGCAGCUAAAGUUUUCUCCAAUGUGCAAUGGUUAUCUGGUGUCCGACCUGUACUGAGCAAAAAGAGCAAGUUUAAAGCAGUUGUUGAAGAGGUACAAGUGGUGGAGCUUAGAGUUUCUUGGAUCACAAAGAGCUUUUGUCUUGGUGGAAGUGAGAGUGUUUACCCUCCAUCUCCGCUCAUUACACAAGAGAAUUUGCCCAGGGUGAAACGCUUAAACUGUUAUGACCAUGCUCGCAUGGUGUUAGCAGAACGAGCAGUGUAUGUGCUCCCAGGGGAUCCUGAAUGUACUACUAUCUCUUCAGAUGGCCCAGAAGGAAAUUCGAUCAUUGCUGUGAACUCUGUUGUCAGAAAGGUUAAAAGACUCUUUGAUAAAGAGAUGGUGAAGAAAAUUCUGAAUAACACGGACAGCCAAGAAGUGGAUGCUGUGGGGAAACUCUCUGUUGCUUUGGGUGAUGGUUCUGUUAUGGUCACCUCAUCUGUUUCAGGACUUGGUAGCUCAAAGCUAAGGCUAGGUUCUGAUGGCUCAACCCAGAUGCCCACUGGAAUGAAAUCCCAGUCUUUAAAUGGGGUUGUACAGAAAGAAUCCAUUCUGAGUAAUGGCCCUUUCUCUAUUCAUGGUAACUUGCAAAAUCAGCUGGAGGAAAGAGUGCAAGAUGGGAACUGGAAGAAUAUUGGGCAGCCUGCAGUGAUUAUUGAAGAUUCAUUGGGAAGUCAGGCUGGAAAAUUGCAGCUUGUAGAACAAGAUGCAGAUGAUGAAGGUGCUGAGGACACUGAUGAAACCAGCUCAAUUUCUUCCUCUGCCAGCUCAACUGCAUCAUCGCAAAGUGGUGGACAAGGACGCAAAAAAAGUAUCCCGCUUUCUAUUAAAAACCUGAAAAAGAAGCACAAGAAGAAAAAAAACAAACCCUCCAGAGAAUUCAAACCAGGUGAUAGAAUUGCUGUGGAGAUUCUGAAAACCAGCACCAGUGUGGAUGUGAUGUGGCAGGAUGGUACAGUAGAGAAAAAUAUUCGAUCCAAUGACUUGCUGCCAGUCCAUCAUGUGGAUAAUAAUGAAUUUUGCCCUGGAGAUUUUGUGCUGGACAAGCGUGCUCAAGGUGCCCAGGAAAUUGGUGUGUAUGGCGUUGUCCAAUCCGUUGACCACUUUGGGCGGACAUGUUCAGUAAAAUGGUUCAAACCGAAGGCAAAUGGUAAUGAGAUUGAGGUGCUGGGCCAUGAAGAAGAUAUUAGUGUUUAUGAUAUUGCUGACCAUCCGGAUUUCCACUUCCGCAUUACCGACAUUGUGAUUCGUAUUGGGAAUGUAGAAGAAGGCAGAGCUACAAAUAAAGCUGAUGAGGAGCCUUCUGUUGGUCAAGUAUCUCGUGUUGAUGUUUGUGGGAAGGUUGAAGUAGUCUGGGCAGAUAAUUCUAAAUCCAGUAUACUACCUCAGCACUUAUAUAACGUUGAGUCUGACAUUGAAGAAUCUGACCUGGACUCUCUGGAUGGUACCUCUUCUGGAGCAACUUCAGAUGAAUGGGAAGAUGAAAGUGAUAGCUGGGAAACGGAUGAUGGUUUGACUGAGGAUGAGAAUGCAAAGGGGAGUGAGGCACUUGAAGUUGGAAUAGAGGUGGCAACACCGCUGGAAGAAAGCAAGAGUGAGGUAGAACAAGCACAGGGAGCUGGUGCAGCAUCAAUUAGUUCUAAUUCUGAUAAAACUGGAAAGGAUGGCUCUCCCAAAAGCUUUCAUGAGAUAAAGGAAGCAAUCAAAAUUUUGGAAAGUUUAAAGAAUAUGACGGUUGAGCAGUUGUUGACAGGCUCUGCUACUUCCCCAACAAUAGAACCAGAAAAGCAAACUAAGGAGAAGAAGUUUCGAGAUGAUAUCAAGAAGCUGCAGGAAACCCUUCAGAAGACUCUUGACAAUGUAGCCAUAGUGGAGGAAGAGAAGAUGGAAGCUGUUGCAGAAACUGAAAGCAAAGAAGAAAAAAUUGACUUGCCGGUUCCCGUGAGGUCUGAGUGGACAAGUGAUACGCCUGUGCUUUGCCAGCAGAGCAGCAAACCUGGAGUUACAUUCACAAGCGCAAAAGGGGAAGUCUUCUCUGUUCUCGAGUCAGUACCAGAGAGCCAUGCAUUCAAAAAAAUGGAAUUUCAGCCAGCAGAUUCAAAGAAAUUUUUCAGCACCGUGAGAAAAGAAAUGGCAUUGCUUGCUACUGCACUUCCUGAUGGCAUCAUGGUCAAAACAUUCGAGGACAGAAUGGAUCUGUUCUCAGCUCUAAUCAAAGGGCCAACACGGACUCCAUAUGAUGAUGGGUUGUUUCUGUUUGAUAUUCAGCUGCCUAAUGUUUACCCUGCAGUUCCUCCACUUUUUCAUUACAUUUCUCAAUGUAGUGGACGUCUCAACCCCAACUUAUACGAUAAUGGCAAAGUCUGCGUAAGUCUUUUGGGCACAUGGAUCGGAAAGGGAACAGAGAGGUGGACAACUAAAUCUAGUCUUCUGCAGGUCCUCAUAUCAAUUCAAGGACUGAUCCUGGUGAAUGAGCCCUAUUACAAUGAGGCUGGAUUUGACAGCGAUCGUGGCCUGCAAGAAGGUUAUGAAAAUAGUCGCUGCUACAAUGAGAUGGCUCUGAUAAAACUGGUACAAUCUAUGACACAGCUGAUUCACAAACCCGUGGAAAUAUUUGAACAGGAAAUAAAAGAGCACUUCUAUACCAACGGCUGGCGCCUUUUAAACAGGAUGGAGUCUUGGCUGGAAAUUAAUGAAAUGAUCCAAAAAAGUACUGAACUUAGUGCUGAAGACUUUUCUGUUAGUAGCUGCCCUUCUGAAGUGGCAGAUGGGCAGGUUGAGCAUCUUUCACCAUCUCCAUCACAGGUGCUUGCUCAAUCUGAGGCCAACAAGGAGCCAGGAAUGGAAAGUUCUGAAAUGCAUGCAAGCAGUAUAGAGCAGAGGUUGUUGGCAGAAGCUAGCCCUGAGGAAAGUAUGUGCCUCGAUAUGAAUUCCACUGAGCAAUUACAGGCGGCAGCUGAACCCUCCUCUUUAACUGCAGAACAGAAGGCUUCAUCGCAGGUUAUCGUCAAACCAAAAAGACGGCGAAAGAGUUAUAGGAGCUUUCUCCCUGAGAAGCGUGGUUACCCUGAUAUAGGUUUCCCUCUGUUUCCCCUCUCUAAAGGCUUUGUGAAAAGCAUCUGUGGCUGUCUACAGCGAUAUAAGGAAGCAUUAAUAGAAUGUGGAAUUCCAGAGAGGAGGGAGGAGAGAUGAGCACUGCAUCUAUGCCACAGGUUUACAAAGUUUUCUAGACUUUUGAUAAUAAUGUAAUAAAGCAAAAGGAUAGUGUGCCAAUGACGGCUGCUGGCUUUUUGUAUCUGAAGUGGAGUAGGAUUAAUGUGUAUCCAGUGAGGGAGAGAAACCCAAGCCUGAGCAUUUUAACGCAUGUUACAUAUGGUCAAUUGCAUCCCUGCUGAUAAAUGGCUGCAGUAUGAGACUAAGAUGUAAAAUAUUGAUAAAUGUUUCUCCCACUAACAAAGUGGAGUUUAUAGCUUGAUGUAUACACUAUUUAAUCCAGAUUUAAAUGUCUACAUGCGUGGACCUGUAUUAAGUUCAGAAUGCUUGAUUGCUUCCUAUUUAUGUAGAAAUUGUAAGAGUGCGUGCUUUAUUUUUUAAAAUUUAUUUUUGGUUGCCUUAUACUAGUGUAAUAUAAGACUUUACAAUUAAAUCGGCCUUAAGAUGUCACUAAAUUUGGGUUUCUACAUUCUUUGCUGUUUAGUGACUGUUAUGGUAUUCCAAUAACAUGAUAGAUUAGUGUGACAAAACUUUGUACUUGCAUCUUGACCACUGAGUAGUAAAGUCUUUGGGGGCUAACUUGAAAUUCUGCACUGGUUGGUCUGAUAGAGUGGAUUUGCUAUGGGGAAUCCAUGACUAUUAAUGUCACUAACCACAAUUUUAAAAAACUUUCAUCUCCAGUGACAGGCUUGAAGUAGUUAAGGAAAAGAUACAUCUGUAUUAAGUGCAUCCCAAGGUCUCCUAAGGACCCUGCCAUUUACUCUGUCCUCAUCAUAACCUGCAUUAUUUCACACUGUAUUAAAUUCCCAUCUCCUACCACUUUGCCCAAGUUUUCAUCUAAUAUGACUCUUAGGCAGCCUUCACUACCUAUAACUACACCAACUUCAUGUCAACAGUAAACUUACUAAUCAAAGCACCUACACUCUUCCAACUAUGCCAGACAACAAUUCUUCAAUAUCAAUGUAAACCAUUGGUUGCAAACUUGUAGUCCGACUACAGCCCUCCAUUACCUGAGACUUUUUCCCCAAGCCAAUGUUGUAUCCAAUUGGCCCUAUUGACAGGAACUGGGCAUUCCUCAUCAGCAGCAUUGGAACAGAAAUUUAGAUAAGUUUCUAAGCAGUUAGGGUGGGGGCAAGGUUUGGGAUCCAUGCAACCUUCAAGGACAGGGAUGACCUAGAACCAAUACUCUGGCAGGAAGUUUUGCUGAUGCUCCCCAAGAAACUAGUUGUGAAACAGGGACAGCAUCCUCAGCCAUCUUCCCUCCUGCCUUUUCCCAACACUAGCCAAAAAGACCUUGACCCACACUAGUGGCCAUCACAAUACCUCACCACCCAGCGUUCUCUAGAACCUUCUCCCAAUUCUGCCCUCCUGACUGGCUGAUAAGUUGAACAACAUAGCUCCUUAUCUUUAGCUCAAACCCAAACAUGCUAAAAGCAGAACAGAUUGCUCCUACAGAACUGUUAAAAUGAAAUACCUACAGCUGAGAGGUAAAAAUGUUACCCAGGGCGUUACACUCUUCCUCCUACCAAAAAUAGUCAUGCCCUGAUGACUUUGAAAUUUACCAAUCCAUCAUUAACAACUCAGUUUUCGUAAGAAUUUUGUGAUGUCAUGAUCUCCUUUCCAUUUAUAAAUGGUAGGAGGAAUAGAUGCAACAUCUUCUAGCCUAUUUGGGGGUUUCCUGACUCUUUGAGACCUCCUUAUCCCAUCCAUCUUUGGCUCAAAUUUCAACCACCCCUUGUGAUCCUUCCUGUAUACUAGAGGAUGCCAGGGGGUUACUCCACCAUCUGCUUCCAACAACUCCAGCUUCAAUGGCGAUUAAUCAUCGUACGGAUACUUAUCAGUACUAAGCUCGUGAAUCUCGGGUACUGAGUGGUGUCAAUUGUAAAUGCGUUAAAUACCAUUUGUACAAGGAUCUGUAAAGCAAAGUAACGAGAUUCUAUCAGGUAUAGCUAUGUUAAAACACCUUCAAUUCAUAUGGAUACAUUAGAGCUUGGUCCCAAUAAACCUUAGGGUAUAAUAUUUUGAACUUAAGUAUUUCCCUUGUUGCACUGAUAAGAACAUAUCCUCUCUGAAACAUCAGCCCAUCCUUUACUGGGUCCCUCCGUAGAUUUACCUCUUUUCUUCACUGUUUGAUUAAUCCCUGAUUUACUUUCCCAAGGUUUUCCUGUCCUUCACACUCACUUGAAAUGGUCAUCUUCUCCACAAUUGUAACAGAAAAUACCGGUCACUUCCCUGGUCAAGGAACCUGCUCAGUAGCAGCCCUCGCCCUGAUAUACCCCACCAAUGGGUCUGGCUUCCUUUUGGCCUUGUCAUGCUUGGUGGCAGCGCCAGCUGAUAUCAGCCGAAAGUACCUCAGCCCUCAGAUCUUUCACCACAUCCUGCAAAAUCCCAACUUGCGUGACAUCGGGUUGCUUUAACAACAGAGGUUACUACAUAGGACUUUGCCCUGCUGACAGAGGCCCCCCCCCCGCUCCUCCAUCGCGUCUUCCUCCUCUAACUUCUUUGAGUAAUUCAGUAAAAGAUGGAGGAGGGGCGAUUUUGCAGGUCAUCUGAAUUCAUAGAGCAUUUGCGUCAUUUGACAUGCGCCCUUCACAUCUUGCUCCAUCCGCAAGCAAUUUCUCUCAGACAGUUGAAUGCUCCCUUUGUGGCACUGAGUGUACAGCAGCCUGAAAAUGUAGGCAAACAACUUCUCUCCUUCCUCCUGAAAUGUGUGCCUAAACUUCAUCCUAAGAUCGGCUGCACUUCCAGCAGUCCCAAAAGCAUCCUCCAGAACUUGCAGGUAAUUAGCUGAUGUGGCUAAUGGAUUUUCUGGCUUGGGAAUCCUCACUAUAUCAGCUGCUGGGCCUUUUAAGCUCUCUACCAGUCUUAGUUUUUCUUCAUAUUAUCUGAGCAGUGCCAUUCAUUCAUCCAGUAACUGAGAUGUCUGCUCAGCCCAGGCCUCAUACUCUUCCCUAUCAGGUGUGGGCUUGACCCCAGAAAAGACUCCCAGUCUACAAUAACCUUGGCUCUCUGCAGAUAUACUUCAGCAUUUAUCAACUGGUGAUGUAAUAGCCAAAAUGAGCUCAGAAUUUAAGUCCACCGCCGAAGGACUUCAGACCUUUCAAAUCAGACAACUCCUGUCCCUCACUCUGCAGAAAGGAGGGCAACUUGUCUUUAAAGUCUCCACCCUCCGCUAUGAGCAACUCAACUUCCAAUCUGGCACUGUUGCCUACACUCCCCUCUUCUCUAAAAGUAUGGACAGCCCCGCCUGUCAAAGUACCCCAAGCAUAACAGGCAGAUCCACUCCUAUCACGUCAGAGCUAGUCUGAACUAAAACGAUAUUUUUGCCUGCCAUUUGCUCAAACUGCCAUUCCAUGAUUGUAACUUUCCCUAAUACAGGAAAGUAACUUCAAGCUCUUAUUAGUAAUUCAUCUGGGCUGCAGAUAGCCACCCUGCUCAUACACAAACCUUAGUUACAAGUUAACCCUUUGAAUCACAUCAAUGCUUAAUCCCUGCAGCGCCCAUAAUCAUGUAUCUUAAUCACUUUCCCAGAUGAUACUUUAAUACAGGCUUAAACGCGUAAACAUAGAACAUAGAAAUCUACACCACAAUGUUGUGCCAACCUACUCUAGAAACUGCCUAGAACAGGCAUGGGCAAACUACGGCCCGCAGGCCAUAUGCGGCCCGUUAAGCUUUUUAAUCCGGCCCGCAGAACUUGAUGAAAUUAUAUUAAUAAACCUUGUUAACGUUUUUUUCCCCGCAAUUCUGGCGUUUUCCCAAUAGAUGACGCACUCUAUAUACAUUGACCUUUGUUGAGGUGCAGCGUAUUACUCCACAUUUGCGCUUUACUCUUUGUUCGGCUCGACCUAUUUGUGUGAACAGGCGUUCAGCGUCAUGAACAUCAACAAAGCCAGCCACAGAUCCAAGUUAACUGACCAACACCUCAGAUCCAUCCUGAGAUUCGCCACAACAAAACUAAAUCCAGACUUUGAUGCGCUGGCUAAAAAGGGAGACCAACAACACUGUUCCCACUGAGAUUAAAAAUAAGUUGCUUCGUUGUGUUAUGUAAAAAAUGCAUUUGAAAAUAUUUUUUUCAAUAAGCCUUACAUGUUACAUGUCAUUUCUGUUAAGUGAUGGACAUGAGUAGUACGCAGGUGCACGUACGUUCUCAAAAUAAAAAAUGCGCUCCAGAUCAAAUAACGCGCUCCGCAUACUGGCGCGCUGUCAGUGUUCUGUCUUUGUGCUGGUCGUUGUUGAGUUUUGGCACAGGGGACAACUGAAUAAGAAGGAGCAGGACAAGUAGACCUGCAUCUCCUACCGUUUUUGAAAUAAAGACAGUCAGGAGGAGAGUGAUGAUGAUAAUAUCUUGAAGGAUAACAGAAUUUUCAGUGCUUUAAAAUAAUAACUGUUGCUAUUAAAAAAGCUGUAUUUUAUUCAUUUAAUUUUCAGUUUUAAAAGUCAUUUCAAUAAAUAGCUGAAUACCAUGGGACUUCAAAGACAGAUAUUUUGUUGUAAUGCAUUUGUUCAUUUUCAAUUGAAAUUAAAGCACAUGUUUUCUACAUAUCCCAUAUUUUAUUUUCUCUUAUGAGAUGUAUUACCAAAACACUCCGUCCAUCUGCUCCUGGUCCGGCCCCCCUGUCAAAUUUUAGAACCCUUUGUGGCCCACAAGUCAAAAAGUUUGCCCACCCCUGGCCUAGAACCACAUAGCCCUAUUUUUCUAAGCUCCAUGUACCUACCUAGGAGUCUCUUAAAAGACCCUAUUGUAUCCACCUCUACCACUGUCGCAGGCAAUGCUUUCCACACAUCUACCACUCUCUGGAUGGAGAAACUUCCCUCUGAGAUCCCCUUUGUACCUAUUUUCAAGCACCUUUAAACUGUGACCCCUUGUGUUAGCCAUUUCAGCCCUGAGGAAAAAUGCUUCUGUCUAUCCACACAGUCAGUGCCUCUCAGCAUCUUGUAUGCCUGUGUCAGGUCACCUCUCAUCCUCUGUCGCUCCAAGGAGAAAAGGCCAAGUUCACGCAACCUAUUCUCAUAAGGCAUGCUGUACAAUCCAGGCAACGUCCUCAUAAGUCUCUUCUGCACUCUUUCUAUAGUGCCUACACCCUUCCUGUAAUGAGGUGACCAGAAAUGAAUACAGCAUUCCAAGUGGGUCUUAUAUAACUAAGGGUCUUAUAUAACUAACUUAUAUAAGGGUCUAACUAAGGUCUUAUAUAACUUUAACAUUACCUCACUGCUCUUGAACUCAAUCCUAUCACACCAUACGCCGCCUUAAUAACACUGUCAAACCUGCACAGUAGCUUUGAGUGUCUGAUGGACAUGGACUUUGAUCUUGCUAAUCCUCCACACUGCUGACAGUUUUAUCAUUAAUAUUAUAUUCUGUCUUUAAACUUGACCUCCCAAAAUGAACCACUUCACACUUACCUGGGUUGAACUCAGCCCAGUUCUGCACCCUAUCAAUGUCCAGCUGUAACCUUUGACAACCCUCCAGACUAUCCACAACACCCCUAAUUUUUGUGUCAUCACCUUUCUACUUUUUCAUCCAUGUCAUCUAUAAAAAUCACAAAGAGGAGGAGGGGUGCCAGAAUAGAUCCCUGCAGAGCACCGACCUCCAUGCAGCAUACAAACCAUCUACAAACAUCCUUUGUCUUCUGUGGGCAAGCCAAUUCUGGAUCCACAAAGCAAGGUCUCCUUGGAUCCUAUGCCUUAUUUUCUGAAUGAGCCUCACAUGGGGAACCUUAUCAAAUACCUAUUGAAAUCCAUAUCCAUAUCCAUAUCCAUCUCCUCUACUUUCAUAAGUAUAUUUUGUUACAUCCUCAAAGAAUUCAAUCAGGCUUGUAAGGCAUAACCUGCCCUUGACAAAGCCAUGCUGACUAUUCCUAAUCAGGUUUUGUCUCUCCAAAUGCUCAUAAAUCCUGCCUCUCAGGAUCUUCUCCAACAACUUGCCCACCACUGAAGUAAGACUCACUGGUUUAUAAUUUCCUUUCUUGAAUAAGGGAAAAACAUUUCCAACCUUCCAAUCCCCUGGUACUUCUUCAAUCCUUACUGAUGAUGCAAAGAUCACUGCCAGAGGCUCAGCAAUCUCCUCCCUUGCUUCCUACAGCAGCCUGGGGUCUCUGCAACAGAUUUAACUUAAUACCUUUCAAAAGCUUCAGCACAUCCUCUUUCUUAAUGUCUAUGCUCAAGCAUUUUAGUCCACCGCAAGUCAUCCCCAUAAUUGCCAAGGUCCUUUACACUGGUGAAUACUGAAGCAAAGUAUUCAUUAUGUACUUUCACUACUUCCUCUGGCCUCGUGAUCAUGUUUCCACUAUUGUUCCUGAUUGCUCCUAUUCUUACAUGGCUCAUCCUCUUGCCCUUCACAUAUUUGUAGAAUGCCUUGGGGUUAUUCUUGAGCUCCUUGCAGGCACUGUUGUAAUUUUCUAGACUUCUAACAGUAUCUAGUUUCUUGAAGCUUUCGUAAGCUUUUCUUAAUUAGAUCUGUGCGGAUAUUAUCCUAUCUUCUCCUCGCUGAUGAUCAACACUGGUGCACCUCAGGGGUGUGUACUUAGCCCACUGCUCUACUCUCUAUACCCAUGACUGUGUGGCUAGGCAUAGCUCAAAUACCACCUAUAAAUUUGCUGAUGAUACAACCAUUGUUGGCAGAAUCUCAGAGGGUGUACAGAAGUGAGAUAUGCCAACUAGUGGAAUGGUGUCACAGCAACAACCUGGCACUCACUGUCAGUAAGACAAAAGAGCUGAUUGUGGACUUCAGGAAGGGUAAGAUGAAGGAACACACACCAGUCCUCAUAGAGGGAUCAGAAGUGGAGAGAGUGAGCAGCUUCAAGUUCCUGGCUGUCAAGAUCUCUGAGGAUCUAACCCAACAUAUCAAUGCAGAUAUAAAGAAGGCAAGAUAGUGGCUAUACUUCAUUAGAAGAGAUUUGGUAAUGUCAACAAAUACGCUCAAAAGCUUAUAUAUACAAUGGAGAGCAUUCUGACAGGCUGCA